UGGAAGACCUAAGAAAGCUAACAUAGCGAUUGCGGUGUGCUUUCUCCGGCGGCAAUGGUUUCAUCAGAUCCUGUCUUGCCAAACUCCUCCGCAGGACGAACUACACCAUCACCUUCAUCUUUCAUCCCGGCAUUGACCCUCAAGCUCCUCAAGCUCUCCGAUGCUUCUGGAAGCCGCCUCCAGCUCAGAGAGGCCGAGAUCUUUGGCGCCUGGAAGGGGUGCCGUGGUGGCGUCUUCCUAUUGACGGGGAGAACUGGGCCGUUCUCGAUUAAGGCAAUGCCAGACAGUUCUGCAGGUAAUAUAUAAAAGCGCUUAAUCCUCUCCCUCUCUCUUCAUGAAAAUGACGAGUUCUUGAUCCUCUUUGAAAUCUGUGAGAGAUGGUUCCAUGGCAAGUGCGCAGGAUCACACCAUCCAUCUAGAGCUGAACACAUCAAGGCAUAUAAAUGUGCCUUGCUUGUAGCAACAAGUUGGCAAAUGCACAAAUGGUAAGAAGCUUAUUUCAUAUUAGAUCUGGGCUUCUAAUGAUGCAAGGGUCAUUUUGGAUGUAGAAUUGGUUGGACAAAGCUGCAUGUUUUAGACUUCGUUUGGGACAACUUUCUUGCUACUUUUUAAAAUAAUUUUUUAGUACAAAAAUUAAAAAUUUUGUACUAAAAACUGUUUUAAGAAGCAGUAAAAAAGUCGUCCCAAACGAAACCUCAAUGAGCCAUAGUCCUAAGUUUCGUUAGGAAUAGCUUUCUUACUGCUUUUUAAGGCAGCUUUUCUAGUAAAAAAUUCUUAAGAAGCAGUAAGAAAAUCAUCCCAAAUGAAACCUUAGAUUUUAUUCUUGAAUAAGGAUUAAUAAAGGAAUAGUCAAAUAAAAAUGUGAUUGUUGUCUAGAAAGCAAAGCAAUGGAAAAUACUAAAUGAUAUAGGAUUAAUCUUUACUCUAAUGUAAUUCUUAACAAUUUCUGCAAUUUUUUUUUCCCGAUAAUGUGCAUUAUUGAUUAUUGGCUUUA